CUCGACCCCAAUUAUGCUUAUUUGUCAUUCUAUUCCGUUGUGACUUUGACACAGACAGUCUUUCCCGUUCUAUUCCUGCCAAUGGCCCAUCCUGUGUCCUACUACUUCUCCCAGCGGUGGCACACCACCCCGCUGCCUCGUCUGAUCGAUGAGCUCGCUGAACUAUGUCCGGACCAGCCCAUGGUCUCUCUUCUGCGCAACAAGAACCAGCCGGGCGAAGGAUACCGUGACUACAGCAUCCAGGAGUUUUCCCGUGCUGUCAACCGCGCCGCGUGGUGGAUUGAGCAGCAUUUGGGACGCGCCCCAACCCCCUGGGCCACCCUGCAUUAUGUGGCCCCUCAAGACCUAUCGUACUUCAUCAUCACGUUGGCCGCAGUCAAGACAGGAUAUCAGACCCUGACGUGCCACCCCAGCGCAGACGUCGACACGCACCUGUCGCUCAUGGAGCACACUGACUGCCAGUUGCUGCUGUAUCCCCCCAGUGGACACACAUCGGCAAUGCAGAAGGUCAACGCUAUUCGGACCUUCAGGUCCGGACUGACAGCACUUGUCACCCCUACGCUGGAGGAGUGGCUGGCCGCUGGGGGACCCACGACUCCCGUUUACGCUUUCAAGCCAACGUUGGCAGAAGUGCUGCACGAUCCCUUCACCGUUAUCCACAGCUCUGCCUCGACGGGGCCUGCCAAGCCCAUUGUCUUCACACACGCCACCGUAUAUCUGCAGCCGGUAGGGUUCCAGAAACUACUGAAUCCGAGUCCUGUCAACUACGAGCAGUGGCGCGGCCAGCGUGUCGGGGUGCUGACGCCUCUCUCCAUCGCCGCGGGCCUGUUCCCCUUCCUGGGCAUGAACUUCUGCUUCGAUCUGACUUUGGUUCUUCCCGCCGUGACGACGGGGCCUGGUCCCUCCAUGAACGCGACGCUGAUGGACCAGCUCCUGCAACACGGCGACGUCUUUGCCUGCAUUCUGGGACCCAAGACCCUGCCCGAGACGUGCGCCACCCCGGCUUACGCCGCCAAUUUAUGCCGCGUGCGCCAGCUCGCCAUCGUCGGCGCCCCCUGCCCCCCCUACCUGGCAUCGCAAAUCACCGCGCACACCCAGAUCACGCACAUCUACGGCUCCUCCGAGUCCGGCACGCUGCCCGCCGAGGUGCUGCCCGACCCGGCCGACUGGGCCUAUCUGAAACUCAGCCCGGAUGUACCGCAUGAAUACCGCCCCGUGUGCGGGCCAUACCACGAGCUGGUGCUGUUGCGACGUCCCGACGCCCCCGCCCAGCCUGUCUUUGCCAUGUUCCGCGACUGCGACGAGUACCCCAUGGGCGAUCUGUUCGCGCGACACCCCACGCAGCCCGACUGCUGGCGCUACUGCGGCCGUCGCGCGGACCUCGUGGGCUCCCCGCCGCGGCGUUUCCUGCCCCGCGACAUGGAGUGGAUGCUGGAGGCCCAUCCCGCCGUCCGCUGGGCCUUGAUCGCCGAGGAGCGCCACGGCGGCCUUGCCCUCUUGCUGGACCUCCAGCCGGACGCGAAACGUGCGCUUCUUCCGACCGCAAAUAUCUGGGACACGCUCCAGCCGCUGCUCGACCAGGCAAACGCCUUGUGUCCUAUCCCCGCCACCCUCCGCCGCGACCUUGCAGUCUUCACUGACCCGUCUCGGCCCCUGCCGCUCAGCGUCAAGGGCAACCCACAGCGCGCCCGCUCCCUCGAGCUCUACCGGGCGGAUAUUGAGACGGUGUUCGGAUCGGUUGGGGGUGCUUACUAGGUGGUACGCUUUUGCUCUUCUUGCGAAAUGUCCCGUUCAUUUGACGACAGGGUGUGGCAAUGAAGCUUUCCGUCUGCUGCAGUGGACUUGGCCACAUGGAUGCGGCCAACUGGAAGAUCAGCCUAGGUGCAUGUUGCAUUACGAUCUGGAAUCCGAAGUCAAAAGAACGACGCAGGUGGUUUCAAUGCUCCAACACGAUGAUAUAACUUUUGCAAGGUGGUUCAGCUUAUACAGUGAUGUAAUUUUGUCCCGGAUUAUCUGGUAUCUUGUCGUGUUGACGAACCCUAACUCACGUGCUCCUCACUUGACACACCGCAUCACUUCUUCUAGGCUCUGUGGGGACU